AUGGACGAUGACAUCAUGAUGCUCGACCAGGCCAUGGACGUGGACAGCAAUGUGCCUGCUGUCCCCGUCACCACCAGCGCCGAUCCAGCCACGACCACGACCAUGACAAUGACCACGACCACCGCCGCCACCACCAACCGAAACCCGCUCCGAGCCCGUCGCAACAUCUCCAACCCGAGGCAGAGCCGAGGCAGGCCCCACGAGCCCCUCAAGAUCAACACAAGCGCCAGGAUCCACAAGUCCCACGCCCCAACCUCCAAGACAGCCCCCUCCUCCUCCCACAACCGCCAGCCCUUCAACGUCAGGGCAGACGAGCUCUUCAAGGCCCACAGCCGCGCCGUCAGGAAGCAGAAGGUCGCGCGCGCCAUCGCAGACGGCACCUUCCAGAUCCCCCGCGACACAGACAUCGUCUCCCCGGGCCCGGCCCCCGACGAGUACCACCGCGCGGAGGAGCAGGAGCAGGAGCAGGCGCAGGAGCAGGAGCAGGUGCGGCGGCUCGACGCCGCCCUCGUCGCCGAGGCCCUGCUCGACCCCGUCCCGGGCAUGGCCUUCGACCGCGCCGCCCAGCCCAGCAGCGCCCUCGCCACCGGCAGCGCCGGGAUGGCGGACCUCGUCCGGGCGCUCGAGGCGUUCCAGGUCCACCUCGCGCGCAAGGGCAUGGCCGUGCCGUCCGAGAGGGCCGGCGCGCUGGUGCGCGGGCUCGCGCGCGACGUGCUGCGCACGAUGAUGCUGCGGCCCGACAGGCCCCCUCCGGGCCCUGAUGGCGGCGCAGACGCGUUCUGGGCCGGCGUGGCGCGCGACUACCCCGCGGGCAAGAAGCUGCGGUGGCUGGCGUUCAGGGUCGGCUUCGCGGACCCGGAGGGGAGGCUCAGGCCUGGGCUGUCGCGGGAUGAGUACGUCCAGACGGUGCUGGAGGCCCUGGAGCGCCCCGGGUCGCAUCCUGAUCUUGUGAGGGCCCUCCGCUCCGUGAUCUCGCACAUGCCAUCUUUCAUCGUGGCCAAGCCGUCCACCCUGCAGGCUCUCAUGGGCCACUUCGAGACCGCCCGCGCGCGAUACCUGGCCAGCCUCAAGGAUGAUGCCCAUCAUGGCGCUACUACGCCUUCAGGUAACGCUGCGCCCUACCAAGCUGAUGCGAUGGACUGCGGAGAGAUGCCACGGGGUGGCCGCGGUUAUGAUUCCUCAGACGACGAGGAAGAUGGCCAUCCGCGGGUCGGCAUCGUCGACGGCCGGCCCGAGGACGGCGGCCAGGUCGACGAGGGCGUCCCUUCCGAGCUCGGCCAGUGGUUCCUGGUGAACCUCGACAGGUUCACGGCGUCCAAGGGCGGACAGCAGCAGGGUGGGGGUCUUGACGCCGACAUGCUUUCUGCCCUGGAUCUGGGAGGCGCCAAGGCGAACUUGUAG